UGCAACCCAUCACAUAACACCCCCCAACCCAAAUCUAUAAGAAAACCCAAUUAUCCCCAUUAGGUUAUUCAGUUCCUGCUAAUACCUCGAGUUCGUACGUGCGGUUUUGUAAAGCAGGGAAUAGAUGUCAUCAUCAUCAACUUCAUGCACAAGCAACAACCAAAGCCCCAUUCCUUCCUCAUCGCAAAAGAGAAAGGCAGGAAGGAAGAAGUUCAGGGAGACACGUCAUCCAAUCUAUAAAGGUGUGAGGAGAAGGAAUGGAAAAUGGGUGUGUGAAGUUAGACAACCAAAUAACAGCAUGGCACGUAUAUGGUUAGGCACGUUUACAAGCCCAGAAGAGGCAGCCAGGGCACAUGACGUGGCAGCCUUGUCUUUUAAAGGAGACUCGGCUUCUCUUAAUUUCCCUGACUCGGCUCAUAUGUUGCCAAGACCCAAGUCGAGCUCUAUAAGGGACGUUCAAUGUUGUGCUGCCUUGGCUGCUGCUUCAGCUUCUUCGGCAGACCGGGUCGGUUUUGAUCACACUGCGGAGAAGGUGAUGAAUGGGAGUUCGAGAAAGUUGUUUGUUGAUGAAGAAGAAUUGUUUAAUAUGCCAGGAUUGCUUCACAGCAUGGCAGAAGGGUUGAUCAUCAGUCCGCCAGCAAUGUAUGAUCAUCAAGGGUUCGAUUGGGAUACCGUGGACCUCACUUUGUGGUGACUGAUUUCACCAUUGUAUUAGUGUUAAAGCAUGAUAGGAUCUUAAUACAUAUUGUAAUACGCUGCUUCACCAUUACUAAUUAUUAGUAAGAGUAAGAGAGGAUCCCUACAUCUGCAUUUCCUUGA